UCCUACAAAUCAAAGUAUCAACCAGAAAAAUGGGGGAAAUCUUCCGUGGGUUCAUUUACCCAAAAAAGAAAGACAAUUAGGCGCGGCAAUGUUGGUAGUGGUGCAGUGUUGUGAAUAUUUGCAAAGUUUCGGAUCCAUUACCAUUAACAUUCCUUCAAACUCCACCUCACAAUCAUGCAAUCCAUCUUUGGAAGCCCUAAAUACGCUCCCUAUUGUGCGGUUAAUUCAUUCAUCCACUAAAAAGCUCGCUAUCUUCAUUGUCAGAUGUUUCAUGGAUUUUGUUUCGGAUUCUCCCUCACGCCUGCCAUGCCUAAGCGGGUUCUUUGCAAAUUCUUCGCCCACGGGGCGUGUCUAAAAGGGGAGCUUUGUGAGUUCUCGCAUGACUGGAAGGCCCUAAAAAAUAACAUAUGUCCCUUCUAUCAAAAGGAAAAUUGUGCUUAUGGUAGCCAAUGCCGAUAUGAACAUAUCAAUCUUUCACGGUCACAACCGUCAUCAGAAGAUGCUUUUCGCCAUGUCGAACCUCUUUCUGGUACUGCAGUAGGUGAAGCUAGAAUAAACUUUGGACAUUCACCUUCUUUAGGACCUCUUUCCUCUCCUAUAAGAUAUGGAUGGAAAGAAAAGACUGGGCAUGAAGAUAUCCUAGAUAAGGAUUGUGAUGUUGGGUAUCUUAGUUGUAAUGUUGAUCCAAUGAACCAACCGAUUUGUUCAUUCGCGGCAGUUGGUGAUUGUCCACGUGGUGAAAAAUGUCCCCAUAUUCAUGGUGAAUCUUGCCCAAUCUGUGGGAAACGAUGCUUGCAUCCUUUCAGGCCUUUGGAAAGAGAGCAACAUAUGAAAAUGUGUGAGAAAAGGAAAAAGCGUUUUGAGACGCUGCAAAGAAGUCAAGAAAUAGAGUGUAGUGUUUGUCUUGAGUAUGUUCUCUCAAAGCCUACGUUGGGAGAAAAGAAAUUCGGAAUCCUUUCUGAGUGUGAUCAUCCUUUCUGCAUAUCGUGCAUCAGGAAUUGGCGAAGUAGUUCCUUAGCAUCUGGCCUGGAUGUUAAUUCUACGCUAAGAGCUUGCCCAAUAUGUCGAAAGCUUUCUUACUUUGUUGUUCCUAGUGUCAUCUGGUAUUCAUCGAAGGAAGAAAAACAGGACAUCAUUAAUCGCUACAAGGCAAAAUUGAGCUCCAUUGAUUGCAAAUACUUUGACUUCGGGAAUGGAACUUGUCCAUUUGGAACCAGUUGUUUUUACAAGCAUGCAUAUCAGGAUGGUCACUAUGAGGGAGUGAUUCUCCAUCUUGCGGCUGAAGAUGGAAGUACAGUGAUUGCUAAGAAUAUUAGGUUCUACAAUUUUCUUAGGAAUUUGCAGAUACGAUGAAUAAAGGUUUAAAGAUUUUAAUGGGACUUUUUAAGAUAUUACAGGUUUCCCGGCUAAUGCAAGUUUCGAUCAUCCGGACUUUAGAAAGGUACUCAUUCUACUUCGACGACAUUGCCCGAGCUUGGGAAGUAGCUUGUUAAGUGUAUUGCCAGAUCAAUGAACCUCCAUGAAAGUUGAAGAAAAUGCUAACCAUUGUUUUGUUGAUACAAAAUAAAAUUUAAAAAAUUUUAAAAAAUUGUAUGUAUAUAUGUAUAAAGAACCCGUUGGGUUAAUUGUGUUCAUUUUUUGUGUUGAUGCUUGAA